AUGGCUGCAGGAAAACGAAAAUCGUCAUCACAUUCGAGUUUGUACAACAGACUCGUGACAGUUGCGGUCGCCUUCGGGUCUAUGACCUACGGCUACUGCUCUGCUAUCAUCGGCAGCACCAUCGGUCAACCAGGAUGGUAUGAAUUCUUCGAUCUGCCCCAGCAAGGCGAGCCAGGCUAUGGAGGGAAAACGACGGACGCAAUCGCCACGGCCAACGGCCUCUACAGUGCCGGAGGGGCAGUCGGCAGUCUGUUCAUCAUGUGGUCUGCCACUGCGAUAGGACGCAAACACAGCAUUCAGGUCGGAGCCAUAUUGGCUAUCAUUGGAGGUGCAUUCCAGGGUGGAGCGGCGGCACUCGCGAUGUUCCACGUCGGCCGAGUCAUAUCAGGAUUAGGCAUUGGGAUCCUAGUGACCGCCUGCCCAAUGUACCUGUCCGAGCUGGCACCGCCCGAAAAUCGCGGAUGGCUAGUCGGCCACCAUGCCAUUUUUCUCGUGUUUGGAUACAUGUUAUCCGCAUGGCUAGGGUAUGCAUGCUACUUCGCCACGAGCAGGAACGAAUCCUUUGCAUGGCGGUUCCCCCUGUGCAUCCAAACGCUGCCGCCGUUGGUGUUACUCAUCACUUCGAUUUGGAUCCCCCGGUCGCCGAGAUGGUUGCUCCAGAAGGGUAAGAUCGACGAGGCGUGGAGUGUGAUUCAGGCUUUGCGUCGGUCGCCGGAUGAUCCGGACGACCUUGCGGCAAAGGAGGAACUGUACCAGACUAAAGCGCAACUGGCCCUCGAUGCCGCCAAGUUGAAGGCCGUGGGGUAUGGGCCGUGGAUGGCGUGUCUGAAGAAGAAGAGUUAUCGCAAGAGGUUGAUCAUUGGGUUUUUGACGCAAUGGGGGGCAGAGUUUGCCGGGCCUCUGGUUAUUAACAACUACUCGGUCAUCAUAUACACGAACCUAGGCCAAACAGGCAGCAUGCCCUUGUUGUUGUCGGCAGUCUGGCUCACUACUGCUGGUGUCAUCUACAACCCCGGCGGCGCAUGGCUCCACGACAAAGUCAACUCCCGCCGCCUCAUGUACAUGAUCGGCAUCACGGGCUGUCUGGUAACAACGUCGAUUCUAUGUGCUCUUAUCGCCACUUACGGCGGCACCACCAGCAAAGCGGGUAACAGUGGGGCCAUUACGAUGGUGUUUUUGUAUCUUGCUUUACAGGGCACGUUCUGCGACACAACAAUGUACCUCUACGUCUCGGAGAUCUUCCCGACCGAAAUCCGCCCUAUCGGAAUGGGAUUUUCGCUAUUCGGCCAAUUCGCCGCGACAAUUAUUCUGUUACAAACGGCACCCAUUGGAAUCAACGAUGUCGGCUGGAAAUAUUACUUGGUCAUCGUGGCGUGGUGUAUUGUCUAUUUGCCGAUGAUUUAUUUCUUUUGGCCGGAAACAGCAAGGCUGUCGCUCGAGGAAAUUUCCAAGCAGUUUGGUGACGAUGUCGCGGUCCAUGUUAAUGAUGUGAGUGAGGACCAGAGGAGGGAACUUGAUGAGUUUCUUAGACGUAAGGAUGUGGUGCAUUCGUUGCCGGAGGAGGAUGUUGCUGUUGCGGGGAGGUUGGGGAGUGUUGGUGGAGGUGAUGGGGAAGGAGGUCCUGGGGGAGCGGGAGGAGAGCGAAUGGAGGUUAUGGAGAAGGGGUCGAAAGAAGCUUGA